AGUUCUUUGUAGUUUUGUACAGUUUUCUGAAAUGAAAUAAAUCCCCUAUUUCUUGAUAUGAGAUAAUGAUCUUUAAAGUUCUUCGUAACUUUAUCAGAUUACAGUUUUAAUAUCCUUUUGCUUUGGUGUUUUUGUGUAUACCAAGUAAAGGAUUACAUUAUGGAAAACCACAUCCGGCCACCUCAACCUUUAAGCAAUAAUUCGCCUAGAACAUGGAUCAUUUGGAAAGAAGAAUUUCUUAUUUUCAUGAGAUUGCUUGGUCAUAUGGCACGAUCAGAAUACUACAAAGCUAAUCUUUUUAAAAAUUUAGUAGGAUCGGUAGGUAUAGAAAUAAUAAAUAAAUUGUCAUUUGAUUGUCCCGAAGACAGAGACAAUUUGGAAAUACUAUUGAAAAAAAUUGAUGACUAUCAUAAUCCUCCACAAAAAGAAACAGAAAAACGAUAUCAAUUUUUUAACAGUUCUAUGAAUCCCAAUGAAACGAUAGAAAAUUAUAUACAACGUUUAAAGGAAAAAGCGAAAAAUUGUAAAUUUGAUAAUUUGACAGAUAGUUUAGUAAUAGAUGUUAUUAUUCUUCAUGCUGAUAAAGCAUUACGUAAAAAAUAUCUACAGGAAGAUGAUCUUAAUUGUGACAAAAUUAUAGAAAUUUACAAAAAUCAUAAAAUUUCAACUUUGGAAAGUAAUUCUGCAAAUGCCAAUGUUUCAUCCAAACAAAAAUCUAAAUCAAAUGUAAAACCAAAAGAAAAAGAGAAUCCUAAUCCUCAACAAAAGAACAUUUCUUGUGCGAGAUGUAAAAAAACGCAUGAAUAUAGGCAAUGUCCAGCUUGGAAUAAUAAGUGUAAAACUUGUGGCGAGAUGCAUCAUUUUGAAGGGUGUUGCAAAAAUUUCUCAAAUCAAAAUAAAUCUUUGAAUAAAAGUAUGAAUAAUCUGACAAUGAGUAAAAAUAAGGGACAAUCGGUAAAUGAAACUAAAGUAUUGAACAAUUUUUCAAAGCAGUUGUAAAAGGCAAUAUUUCAAUAUGCAGUAAUUUUGAUAAAACAGAUUAUAUGCAAAAAUAUAUAAUAUAAUGUUUAUAUAAUUGAUAAAUGUAUUUUUAAGAUAGUAUUUGUGUUUAAAUAUUGUAAGCACUUUAUGUUAAUAUAUUUUGGAUUGGAAUGAAAAGUAAAUACGUGAUAAAGAAAGGAAUAUAGGUCGCAUAAUAAACGUUUUUUUACAAUUAAUAUAGAAUAAUUAUUGAUAUAUUAUGCAUUGUAGCAAACAUUAAACAUCAAAUAUAAUAUAUAAAGUAACUUUAAUAUUGGUCCCUAAAUAAAAGUCCUCUUUAAUAAAGAGCACUGUUAAAAAUCAAAUGGCACUAUCUACAUUUGUAUUAAUAUGUUAAAACACAGUAAAUGAGGUUUCUGUAACAACUUGAAUGAAAUAAACAUUUUUUCAUUUGUA